GGCGGAACCACAUGCGCGACGUCACAGAUGCUGGAGCGUAGGCUUUACGGCAGAGGCGUAGGCCGCCAUCUUUCAUUUGGGCAAAAGGACAUUUAGCCAGAGUUGUGGUGCUUUUAUUUUUGGAGAAAGCAAUAUACUUUGCUACUGAGGUUUCCUAAAUUGCCUCCAGUUCAAUAGAAUAGAAUAGAAUGCAGAAUAGAAUUUUUGAAUAGGGGAGAGGCCGUUACCUUUCAUUGCCCGUAGUAAACAUGGCGGCAUAGGUUUUGCGUGUGGAAGUUUCCAGGAGGUUCUUUUACGGCGCCUGUGUUUCUUCAGCGGUGGAGAGAGUUGUGCCAGUGGCGGUUGCGGUGCAUUAGUGACGGGUAAAAUAAACGUGACAUCAUGUCUUAUAUGCUUCCACAUUUGCACAAUGGCUGGCAAGUUGACCAGGCCAUUCUUUCCGAGGAAGACCGUGUGUUGGUAAUCCGCUUUGGACACGACUGGGAUCCAACAUGUAUGAAGAUGGAUGAAGUAUUGUACAGCAUAGCUGAGAAGGUAAAAAACUUUUCUGUGAUAUAUCUGGUGGAUAUAACAGAAGUACCAGAUUUUAACAAAAUGUACGAGUUAUAUGAUCCCUGUACAGUCAUGUUCUUCUUCAGGAACAAGCACAUUAUGAUAGAUUUAGGCACGGGAAACAACAACAAGAUUAACUGGGCAAUGGAGGACAAACAGGAGAUGAUUGAUAUUGUAGAAACUGUGUACAGAGGGGCCAGAAAAGGCAGAGGUCUAGUCGUGUCUCCGAAAGACUACUCCACAAAGUACAGAUACUGAAGCUGUUGCUGCCUGUUCAUGUGGUGCUUUUAUUCAUAUAUUUUAUGUCAACUUGGACUGCAAGUGUCAUAAGAUCGACUUAUGAAUUCAGAAGGAGUGAGCAAUUCUACUGUUUAUACCUUUUGACAAUUAUUGUGUUAGGAGUUUCACGAUUUUUGAGAGAUGGAAAACACAAGCCUUAAAUAUCUUAUGUUGAAGUUUUUGUCCUUUAUAUUGUGUUUAAUAAAUAUGAAACUUUGUAGGUUUUGUUUUAGAAAACAGCUGUAUCUGUGAUAUGGUCAUAAAGUGUUCUCAGUUUUGUAGGAAGGAGAUCAAUCCUGAAUUCAACUACUUUAUCAGCUCAAUAAAAAAAACAUGAAAAACUACAGUUCCAAGAAAUUCAU